UGCUCUGGGUUGUUGCGUUGUUGAUCACCCGGAGCGCGUCUUUUUCUGCCUGCCACUUCUGGAGAGAGGAUCGCAGUUGGAGGAUCGCGGCCAGGAUGGCGCUGCGCUCUCUGCCGCUCCUGGUGUUGGUGGGGGUCGCCCUGCGGGAGAGCUGCCUCGGCGCCUCCUCCCACUCCAUGAAGUAUUUCUACUCCUCCAUCUCGGAACCCAGUCAGGGGCAGCCCCACUUUGUCGUGGUGGGGUACGUGGAUGGUCACAUCUUCACUUCGUACAACAGCAACACCCAGAGGAAUCAGCCUCGAGUCUCCUGGAUGGAGAAAGUGGGGAAGGAGGAUCCCCAGUACUGGGACAGAAACACCCAGAGAUCCCGUGACUCUGAGGAGGUGUUCAGAGGAGACCUGGAGACUCUGAGGCUUCGCUACAAUCAGAGCGAAGGCCUUCACACAUGGCAGUGGAUGUAUGGCUGUGAGCUCCAGGCUGAUGGGAGCAAAGGAGGGUUUAUGCAGCAUGGCUACGAUGGGAGGACCUUCAUCACCUUCGACAAGGAGAGACUCACCUGGGUGGCUCCCGUCCCCCAGGCCCAGAUCACCCAGAGGAAAUGGGACGCUAUUCCAGGAUUGAAUGAGGGACAGAAGGCCUACCUGGAGGAAGAAUGCAUUGAGUGGCUGGAGAAGUACCUGUCCUACGGGAAGGAGACGCUGCUGAGGACAGAGCCCCCAGAGGUGACCAUGAGCAGCAAGACGGAAAUGGAGGAUGGGAUGGAGACGCACAUCUGCCGCCUGGAUGGCUUCUACCCCAGGGAGAUCGAGGCCUCCUGGAUGAGGGACGGGGAGGUCUGGCUACAGGACACCCGACGUGGCGCCGUGGCCCCCAACUCGGAUGGGACCUUCUACACCACUCUCAGCAUCCAGAUCGAUCCGAAAGAGAGGGGCCGCUAUCGCUGCCAUGUGGAGCAUGAUGGCCUGCAGGAGCCUCUGGACGUAGCCCUGAAGGAACCAAAAUCCAACCUGGGGAUCAUCAUCGGCUUCGUUGUGGCUGGUCUUGUCCUGCUGGGUGUGAUUGUUGUUGGGAUCUUGGUAUUCGUCAAGAGAUGCCAUGGCUACAAAAAAGCACCAACAAGUGAGAAAGGAUCCGACAUCCAGGGGAAAACCCCGGUCGUUUAGAAGCCCCCUGGCAGCACGAUGGACACUCCCAGCCUAAGGAGGGAGGAAAGAAUUGAGGAUCAACCUUCUUGUGGAUUAGGCCCUUCCAGCAUGUUGGGUCCAAGAUAUAUUUGGGGUCUUUCAUUUUUGCUUUUAUUAUAGAAUCAGUAACCUUUUUUUUACUAUGAUUGAGGAAUGGAGGAAAAAUAUAUAUAUAUAUUUUUAAUUGUGGGAUCAAAAGAUUUCAAAUUGGGUUUUGUAGAUCAUAGUUUAUAAUAAGUAGGUUGCAUAACACCCUUCAUGGGCUUUUGCUGGUUAAUCUUAAUGGAUUGAGAUUAGAGGUUAGAGAUGAGGUUUCAGAGAUGGGUUUAUAGGGAAUGGGGUGAGGGAGAGGAUGAAAAGUUUCUUGGUUUUAUUUUAAGAGAGAUUUAUAAGUUGUUAAUUUUCAUUAUACUUUUUGGGGAUAAAGGUGGGUAUUUCUUUUUUUCCUUGUGUGAGUUUUAUAAGUUUAAAUGUUAUCUUCUAUGAAACUAUUACUAAAAGAAGAAGCCUGCAUCCUGAGAUGUUUGUCACUAAAAUCGUUGAUGCAUUUUUAAUUGAUUAUUGCACAGUUAAUUGAACAUAUAUUUGAUCAAAGUUUGACAGAUAAUCAGUAUAACGAGUGAAACAUUCAGACUCUGAUUUUUUUUUAAUAGAUUGUCAUUUAUGGAUUUUCAUGCUUUAGAAAAAUGGAACAUGAGAUCAAUUGCACAUCUGGGCUGCUGGCUCCUUUAAUAAUUGCACUUAGAUUGUAAGUUUGUCAAAGUUGUUUGCUGAAAAUAAAUGGUCUUUUUCCUCUCUUA